CUCCGCUCAGGGUCGAGAAGCUGCCGGAGAGGGCGAAAAAGGAAGGCGCGACUGUCGGAGAAGGAGCGCGCGCGCGUAAAGCCCUCAGCUGAAGGAGCGGAGAGACGGAGCCGCCCCGGGGGGUAAAACAGAAAAACAAUGAAUACAUAUAUAUUCAGCUAUUACUUAAUUCAGUUUUGUGGACAUUCAUGGAUAUUUACCAAUAUGUUCAUCAGAUUCCUUUCAUUUGGGGAAGAUUCUGUUGCAGACACUUUCCAUUCUAUUGGACUUGUGAUGCGUAUUUGCCAGCUAGCAUCGAUACUAGAGCUCCUGCAUAUUUGGUUUGGCAUUGAGAAGGAACAGUUUUUCCCAAGAUUCUUACAGAUCACAGAAAGAAUUAUCAUCUUAUUUGUUGCAAUAGCAAGUCAAGAAGAGGUUCAAGGGAAAGGCAUUGUAUGUGUCUUAUUUUUCCUUUGGAGUUGCAUUGAUGUCAUCAGAUACACGUACUGCAUAUUAUCGGAGACCGGGAUAUACUUUCAAGGACUAGCUUGGCUCUACCAUUCGCUGUGGAUUCCUUUCUAUCCUCUCUCAGUUUUGGCUCAAGCAUUUGCCAUAUAUGAAUCAUUGCCUCACUUUGAAGCCUCAGGCACUUACUCCACCCGAAUAUCCUUUCCAUUUGAUCUAACUAUUUACUUUCCCUAUGUACUGAAAAUGUACAUGGCAAUAUUAUUUGGGGGUGCCUACUUCAUUGUUCAAUACCUUUAUACUGAACGGAAGACUUAUCUACGAAGCAACAACAUCAAAGAGAAAAGGAGCUAACUCGUGUUUUUGGUGAAAAAUGACAAAUUUCACCUCCUGUGAAACAGUCUUUGCAACAAUAUAUCAAGAUCUAGUCAUUUGGAGAUUUCCUUGCUCAAAGACUUUGUACACAGAGACACGCCAGGCAGAAUCAAAAGAAUUCCUUGACUCCGUGAACACACUUUCAAUAGCUUUCUCGUUAUAUUCAGUGGAAUGAACAUUACCUCAUUUAAAAGGCAGGAUAUUAUGUACAUACAUGUAUACACAAACACACACACUGGAGAAUUCUUUUAAAGUUAUAUAGGAGGUGUUCAUUGUUUCUAACACUGCCAGAAAGCACCACAGCCAAAAUGAACUUGUUCGAACCUAAGUUUUUGUCAGCUGGUGCCUUUGAAGAAAUAUUAUGUGAAAACCAGACCAGAACAAAACAAUUUGAUAGCAAUAAUUAACCUUUUUAAAAGUAGGAUAUAUUGUCGGGCAUUUUGUGUGCGCCUGAAAUUUUGAUUACAUGUCUGGUGAUAUGUUGCAAGUCGUAACAGAUAACAUAGGGAUGAACUUUCUGUAUCUCAGGAACUUUAUUUAUUCCUAAAUCUGUAUUUUGCUAUUAUUCUGGAGCGUCUUAGGAUCAUGCCAUUGAAAUUUAAUGACAAAAAGCUUCUUAUCUAUCAGCCACAUGAUUUUAGGAUUGGGAUUGGGAUUUUU